CCAAAGCAUUUCCAUUUCUCUGCAGUGAGGUGAAAAGCCUUGAAAAGCGAAAACACCAUACAAUAAUAUAAUGGCGUUCUUCAUGGCUAUUGCUCUGCUGAUUCUUGGCCUCUGCAUCCUCAACACAGCUUUGCUGAAAUGGAACGAUGUGAAGUACAGGAUGAUGAAAAGCUUGCCUCCUGGAACCAUGGGUUGGCCUGUUUUUGGAGAAACCACAGAGUUCUUGAAACAGGGCCCCAACUUCAUGAAAAACCAGAGAGCAAGAUAUGGGUGUUUUUUCAAAUCCCACAUCCUGGGUUGUCCCACCAUUGUUUCAAUGGAUCCAGAGAUGAACAGAUAUAUUCUGGGAAACGAAGCCAAAGGGCUUGUCCCUGGCUACCCACAAUCCAUGCUUGACAUUUUGGGGAAAUGCAAUAUCGCAGCUGUUCAUGGCUCUGCUCAUAAGUACAUGAGAGGGGCACUCUUAUCUCUCAUCAGCCCUACCAUGAUCAGAGAUCAGCUCUUGCCUAAAAUUGAUGAGUUCAUGAGAUCCUACGUCAGCACCUGGGAUGGACAUGUCAUUGACAUCCAACAAAACACCAAUAAGAUGGCUUUUCUGUCAGCUCUGAAGCAAAUUGCUGGGAUUGAAUCCACCUCCAUAGCUCAAGAAUUCAUGCCUGAGUUCUUUAACCUUGUUCUGGGGACCCUUUCCCUCCCUAUAAACCUUCCCAACACAAACUAUCGCCGUGGGUUUCAGGCAAGGAAGAACAUUGUGUGCUUACUGAAAAAACUCAUAGAAGAGAGGAGAGCUUCAGGGGAAAAACAACAAGACAUGCUGGGAUUCUUGAUGAAUGAAGAUGAAAACCGAUAUAAACUAACGGAUGAUGAAAUGGUUGAUCUCAUCAUAACAAUCUUGUACUCUGGGUACGAGACUGUUUCCACCACUUGUAUGAUGGCUGUAAAGUACCUCCAUGAUCAUCCUAGAGCUCUAGAAGAGCUAAGGAAAGAGCAUAUGGAGAUCAGAGCAAAGAAGGGUCAGAAUGAUCCCAUCAACUACAAUGACUACAAAUCCAUGCGAUUCACACGUGCUGUGAUCUUUGAGACAUCUCGGCUGGCAACAAUAGUGAAUGGGGUGCUGAGGAAGACAACUCGGGAUAUGGAACUCAAUGGUUAUAUUAUACCAAAAGGAUGGAGAAUAUAUGUGUAUACAAGAGAGGUUAAUUAUGAUCCAAGACUCUACCCUGAUCCAUAUUCUUUCAAUCCAUGGAGAUGGCUGGAUAAAGGCUUAGAGAACCAAAAUAACUUUCUGGUUUUUGGAGGAGGCACUAGGCAGUGUCCUGGAAAGGAACUUGGAAUUGCAGAAAUCUCAACAUUCCUUCACUAUUUUGUAACUAGAUACAGAUGGGAAGAAGUGGGGGGAGAGAAGCUGAUAAAGUUUCCAAGAGUUGAAGCACCAAAUGGGCUACACAUCAGAGUUUCAUCCUACUAUUAACCAUCACUCAAUAAAUGUACAGCACAAAAUUGGCAUUUUUUUUUUAAAAAAAAAAAAUGGAAGAGCCAACAUAGAUUUUCCAGCUAACACAACUACAAAUUUGUAACCCAUUUUUGCAGGAAAUCCAUUCUGUUAUUCUACCAAA